UUAUCCUUUUGUUAUGAAAUCGUUUGCUGUAAAUAGUGUUUUGGGGGAAAACUUUUAAAUUUUAAUCAGUGCUCGAAUUAUUGUGAUUUACGAAAAUGAAGAUUGGGGGCGCCGCCGCUGCCGGUGGUGUUGGGACCAAGAAGCGACAACGUGUCGGAAGCAGCGGCCGUCUCUCCACCGUCGCAGUAAUCGACUCCUCCCGCCAAGAUGGAACCAUGGUUGAAUGUUCUAACAGACCGCCUGCUCUUCGACGCACUCCCUCUCACUCUCAUCUUCCGGUGUCUUCUCGUAGCGCGUUCAACGACUCAACCUCCGCCGAUGUAGUCCUCCGUCUAUACGUUGAUUGGCCCUUCGAUGAUGAUGAUGAUGACACCGACUCGAUGUCAGCCAUUGAUUCUAUCAACCAGCCUGAUGUCCAGAUCUAUCUUCACUCGGAUGUGCUACGCCGUUCCAAAUACUUCGCAGCUCUUUUGUCCGAGCGCUGGCAGAUUGAGUCCAAUGACACUGCUGAUUCUGGAAGCGCAUCGAAGAUUCACAGGCUUAGUCUCGGGGUUCCUUCAACACCUGGAUCAAUGGAAGAUCACGUAACUGUUCUUCAACUUCUCUACACGGACGACUAUGCCGCAACUAUAUAUAGCGUCUCUACAGCGCUUUCACUACUUGUGGUAGCUGUGAAAUUGAUAUUUGAUGAUUGUAUCAAGGCCUGUGUAAGGUUCAUUGAGGCUGUCCCUUGGACUGAAGAAGAAGAACUCAGAGUAUGUUCUCUAAUUCCAUUUAUAGGGGGCGAAGAAGCUAAAGAACUCCUUGUUAGGGUUGCACCUUUGAAUCACGAUUCAUCUGAGGACAUGCUUCAUGGAUUAAUUCUCACCGCAAUUCAUAACCAGACAAACAUGCCUCCUGCCAAAGCUUUUGUUGCAAAGCUUUUGAGGGACUUCUCAUCAAAGGAGUUAGCAAGGAGGGUGCUUGAUCGUGUGUUUGAAACAUGCCUGAAGGUUGUGAAGGAGUCCCUGGAGCAGUAUUCCAGCCCAGACUUCAGAGGUGAUCAUGAUGAAACAGAGGCUAUUCAGAGGUUGAAUUUGCAUACUGCUAUGACGAAUGGGAGGCAUCUGCUGUGGUUGGUUGAGAGGAUGAUUGAAUUGAGGGUGGCUGAUACGGCUGUGAGUGAGUGGAGCAACCAGGCUUCCCUUACUGCCGAUUUGCAGAAGGCAUUCCAGGAGGAUGCUUGGAGGAAUAUUGUUCCAGGUCUUCCUUCAGUUUUUCUGCGCUGCACUUGCAAGCUUGCCAGUGCUGUUGCAUCUGGGACUAUCUUGGCUGAUAGACAGAUUAGAAUGAAGCUUGUAAAAGAUUGGCUCCCUGUGCUUAUUGCAUGCAAAGACAACGCAUCACCUCUGAUGCCAAAUCAUAAUAAAUUGCUUUAUUCUGAGCUGGAAGAAACAUUCUUGAGGAUAAUAUCAACACUUCCACUUCAGGAUGCUCAGGAAUUGUUGCAAAAAUGUCUCAGCUUUUCAACCCGGAAUGUGGAAGAUUGUCCUCACUUGAUCAGUGCAUUUACCACUUGGUUCCGCCGAGCAAACAAGCCCAACUCUUCGUAAUAAUACUUUUGAAGACUAGUAAGUUUACAUGAACAUAUUGAACAGUUUAUUCCCCUUCAUCCCCACACAAUUCUGUACAUAAACUUUUGUUUUCCUCUGGUCCCUUUAUGCGGGAAGCUAUAUUCCUGUGUUGUUAAAUUUCCUGGGAGAGAGGGUUCCACCCUUGUCUUUUUUUCUUGUUACCUUGGUGGACGAAUUUAUUACAGACUAAAAUAAAAUGGCGUGAUCUGUGAUGUAGAUAAAUAUUCUGGGUCUCUUUAUUUGCAAACAAAUAGAAAGAUCUGUUAAUGACAACUCUGUCGUAUAAGUGUGGGAUUACUGGUGAUGAACAUACCCGUUUGUGUACUUAUAAUUUGAGAAAAGGGCCAAUAGGAUUUUC